GGUCCUAUUGGUUUAUUGGAUAUUAGUAAAUACAUUGUAUGACAAAAAUUUCAAACACAUUUCUUUUUCCAUAGGAGGCUUCUGAUUGAAGAGGGUAUAUGGGAUAUGGUCAGGGUCGAUCAUGGAACAGAGUCGUGUUUAAUGCUCUUUGUUCAAAACAUUCUUAAAAACUGCAGAGGAAAUCAGUCAUGUGAACCCUAUGUACAGACGCGCUCAAGAGAGAACCUUCCUGCAGAGCGCAAAUGGCCCGAAGUAAAUCAAAGGGUGAUAUACCCAAUCAAAGCAGUACUUGUACAGAUGGAAAACAAUUUGCUGAUUAACCGCCAUGACCAAGUARUGCUGUUCUGUGUCUCAUUCAUUACCAUGAAUGUUGCUGAAGUAGGAAUUAAAAGAGUGAGAGAGUCUUGGAAUGACCAUGCAAUUGAAGGCAAAAAUUAUCGAAUUCCAAAUGUGGUAGCACACCGAACCUACCGAGUAAAAUGUCUCGACCAUAGUACUGUGCCAACUGUUGACGAAGCGGUGACGAUGUACAGACAAGCAGGAGGAACAAUUACAGAAGAUUAUUCCUUCGGCAUAGAUCCUCUUGCUGCUAACAUAGCCCUGAUCAGGCAGAGAGACGAAGAUUUUGCGAGAGAAAACCCCCCUUUUGAUCAAAUUUAUAACAAUAUCAAUGUGGAYGGAUUGUUGUUUGAGCGUGCCAUUUUGUCGUUUUUGCGCAUAACAAGAUCAUUGUCUGUCUAACAWCAAAUUCGUGCAGUCAGCUAUUCUUGACUGAUUCAUGAAGUUCUUCUCUUUUGAUUUGUAGGAAAGGUUUACAGAAUAUUACAAUGUAAACGUAUUAAACAUA